CAGGGCUCCGACUUCCAACAUGGCGCACGCUGGUAGCGGCGGCGGCGGGGGCCCCGCGGGCCGGGGGCUGAGCGGCGCCCGCUGGGGUCGCUCCGGCUCCGCAGGCCACGAGAAGUUGCCAGUGCACGUCGAGGACGCCCUUACCUACCUGGACCAGGUGAAGAUCCGCUUUGGCAGCGACCCCGCCACCUACAAUGGCUUCCUGGAGAUCAUGAAGGAGUUCAAAAGCCAGAGCAUCGACACUCCUGGAGUCAUCAGACGUGUCUCUCAGCUCUUCCAUGAGCACCCUGACCUCAUUGUUGGAUUUAAUGCUUUCCUUCCCCUCGGAUACAGAAUAGACAUUCCCAAGAAUGGCAAGUUAAACAUACAGUCGCCUCUGACGAGCCAGGAGAAUUCGCACAACCAUGGCGACUGUGCAGAAGACUUCAAGCAACAGACGCCAUAUAAGGAGGACAAACCCCAGGUGCCCUUGGAGUCAGAUUCCGUGGAAUUCAACAACGCCAUCAGCUAUGUGAAUAAGAUUAAGACCCGCUUCCUGGACCACCCGGAGAUCUACAGGUCGUUCCUGGAGAUACUUCACACUUACCAGAAGGAGCAACUGCACACGAAGGGCCGGCCGUUCCGAGGCAUGUCCGAAGAGGAGGUCUUCACUGAGGUGGCCAACCUCUUCCGGGGCCAGGAGGACCUGCUCUCUGAGUUUGGGCAGUUUCUGCCCGAGGCCAAGCGGUCCCUGUUCACAGGCAGCGGACCGUGCGAAGUGAACAACGUCCAGAAGAACGAGCAUGACAAGAGUCUGGAUCACAGCAAAAAGCGCUCCCGGCCCUCUCUCCUCCGCCCCGUGUCUGCCCCAGCCAAGAAGAAAAUGAAGCUCCGCGGUACCAAAGACCUGUCCAUCGCGGCCGUGGGGAAGUACGGGACCCUGCAGGAGUUCUCCUUUUUUGAUAAGGUGCGCAGGGUGCUGAAGAGCCAGGAGGUGUAUGAGAACUUCCUACGCUGCAUCGCCCUCUUCAACCAGGAGCUGGUGUCGGGCUCUGAGCUCCUGCAGCUCAUCAGCCCAUUUCUAGGGAAAUUUCCAGAACUCUUUGCACAAUUCAAGUCUUUCCUGGGAGUGAAAGAGCUGUCGUUUGCACCGCCCAUGAGCGACCGAUCUGGGGAUGGAAUAAGCCGGGAAAUCGACUAUGCAUCUUGCAAGCGCAUUGGAUCCAGCUAUCGGGCUCUCCCCAAAACCUACCAGCAGCCCAAGUGCAGCGGGAGGACGGCCAUCUGCAAGGAGGUUCUGAAUGACACCUGGGUCUCCUUCCCGUCCUGGUCAGAAGACUCCACCUUCGUCAGCUCCAAGAAGACGCCCUAUGAGGAACAGCUGCACCGCUGUGAGGACGAGCGGUUCGAGUUAGACGUUGUCCUGGAGACCAACCUGGCCACCAUUCGUGUGUUGGAGAGUGUGCAGAAGAAGCUCUCACGGAUGGCGCCGGAAGACCAGGAGAAGUUCCGGCUGGAUGACGCCCUGGGCGGCACGUCGGAGGUGAUCCAGAGACGCGCCAUUCACCGCAUCUAUGGUGACAAGGCCCCCGAGAUCAUUGAGAGCCUCAAGAAGAACCCCGUCACCGCCGUGCCUGUGGUCCUGAAGAGGCUGAAGGCCAAGGAGGAGGAGUGGCGGGAGGCCCAGCAGGGCUUCAACAAGAUCUGGCGCGAGCAGUACGAGAAGGCGUACCUCAAGUCCCUCGACCACCAGGCCGUGAACUUCAAGCAGAACGACACCAAGGCCCUGCGCUCCAAGAGUCUGCUCAACGAGAUCGAGAGCGUCUACGACGAGCACCAGGAGCAGCACUCGGAGGGCCGCAGUGCCCCCUCCAGCGAGCCGCACCUCAUCUUCGUCUACGAGGACAGGCAGAUCCUAGAGGACGCGGCGGCCCUCAUCAGCUACUAUGUGAAGCGGCAGCCGGCCAUCCAGAAGGAGGACCAGGGCACCAUCCACCAGCUGCUGCACCACUUCCUGCCCAGCCUCUUCUUCUCCCAGCAGCUGGACCUGGGGGCUUCUGAGGAGUCAGCCGACGAGGACCGCGACGGCCCCCCAGGCCAGAGCUCAGACCCCACUGAACGGAAGAAGCCGGCACCAGGGCCACAGGGCAGCCCCCCAGAGGAGAAGGGGACCUUCGGGGACACACCAGCCACUGAGCAGCCGCCCGCGCCGUCACCCAAGCCCCUGGACGACGUGUACAGCCUCUUCUUCGCCAAUAACAACUGGUACUUCUUCCUUCGCCUGCACCAGACCCUGUGCUCCCGGCUCCUGAAGAUCUACCGCCAGGCGCAGAAGCAGCUGCUGGAGUACCGCUCGGAGCAGGAGCGGGAGCAGCUGCUGUGCGAGGGCCGCCGGGAGAAGGGCAGCGACCCCGCCAUGGAGCUGCGGCUCAAGCAGCCCAGCGAGGUGGAGCUGGAGGAGUACUACCCGGCCUUCCUGGACAUGGUGCGGAGCCUGCUGGAGGGGAGCAUCGACCCCACGCAGUAUGAGGACGCCCUGCGCGAGAUGUUCACCAUCCACGCCUACAUCGGCUUCACCAUGGACAAGCUGGUGCAGAACAUCGCACGACAGCUGCACCACCUUGUGAGCGAUGACGUCUGCCUGAAGGUGGUGGAGCUCUACCUGAACGAGAAGAAGCGGGGGGCUGCUGGUGGGAACCUGUCUUCCCGCUGCGUCCGCACCGCCAGGGAGACCAGCUACCAGUGGAAGGCGGAGCGGUGCAUGGCCGAUGAGAACUGCUUCAAGGUGAUGUUCCUCCAGCGCAAAGGACAGGUCAUCAUGACCAUUGAGCUACUGGACACUGAGGAGGCCCAGACUGAGGACCCUGUGGAGGUCCAGCACCUGGCCCGCUACGUGGAGCAGUACGUGGGGACCGAGGGCGCGUCCAGCUCACCCACCGAGGGCUUCCUGCUGAAACCCGUGUUCCUGCAGAGGAACCUCAAGAAGUUCCGGCGUUGGCAGUGCGAGCAGGCGCGGGCCCUGCGCGGCGAGGCCAAGAGCUCCUGGAGGCGGCUGGUGGGGGUGGAGAGCGCCUGCGACGUGGACUGCCGCUUCAAGCUCAGCUCCCACAAGAUGGUGUUCAUCGUCAACUCCGAGGACUACAUGUACCGCCGCGGGACCCUCUGCCGGGCCAAGCAGGUGCAGCCCCUGGUGCUGCUGCGCCACCACCAGCACUUCGAGGAGUGGCACGGCCGCUGGCUGGAGGACAAUGUGACCGUGGAGGCGGCCAGCCUGGUACAGGACUGGCUAAUGGGUGAGGAGGACGAGGACAUGGUGCCCUGCAAGACGCUCUGCGAGACAGCGCACGUGCACGGCCUGCCCGUCACCCGCUACCGCGUGCAGUACAGCCGCCGCCCCGCCUCGCCCUGAGCGCGACAGUGACGUGCCCUCGGCCACAGCCGCCGUCCUCGGGACGUUUUCCUGAACGAGUCGGCCCACGUCCCCCAGCCCUACUGCUGCGGGACAGCCAGCCCGGAGCAGGGCUCUGCCCCUCCUCGGCUCCUUGGCCCGUGUGGGCUUGUCCUGUGCCAAACCUGAACCCUCUGUGCUUGAGUCCUGGGCCUGGCCCAUGUCCCAGGGCUGGGCAGCCGGGCUGGCCAAGGAGCAGGGACCACGUUCAUGCACCUGCCCUGGCUGUUCGUCAGGUGCCAGAUCCCUGCUGGGUGGGCACGGCCAUCACUGGCCCUGUAGUCACAGUGUCUUGGAAAAGCCACAGUGACAGACACGCAAGGCGUGUACGUGGGAGGGGCUGGGUGUCCCAGAGACCCUCACACCAAAGCAGCUGGGCCCUGGGUGGACCUGCUUGUAAAGCAAGUCCUUCCCCAGUACCCCAGAAACGUCACCUAAGGGUCUGGGUGUCAGCUCCACAGCCAUGCUUGGCACCCUCGGUCGCUCUGAGAAGAGCCCCCAACGCUUGGGUCCCACUGUGACUGAUGUCCAGACCCGGAGCAGGCAGGCCGUGCCUCAGAAGACCCCUCUCUGGAUCAGUGAUGCAGGCCCCCUGCCGGUCCAGCGGCCAGACCCUGGGCCCACGAGGGGAGGGGCUCAGACUGUUCCCCUGGAGCCCUGUGGCCCACCUUGGUGGCCCUGUGCCUGGAGGGUGUUCUGGAAGCGCACACACACGCACACGUGUUUGCUCCUCUACGCGCAUAGUGGUCAUUGCCUUCUGCAGCAGCCAGGCCCCCCAGCUUCUUGGGGCUGCAAUCUCGGGAAGCCCGAGGCCACCCUGAUGCCCCUGCCCUGCACCACCACCCAGGCAGCCGCACAGCCCUCUGCCUGUCCGGGGCCAGCCCAGCUGCUCCCGGAGUCAUUUUCUCCCUUCGCGAAGGACUGAGGUGACUUGUCCCUCCCUGGACCCCGGGUGUGGCCAGACCCCAGGUGAUGGGCUGGGCCAGCUUCCCAGGCCCCUCCACCCGAGAUCCUCGCUCAGCCCUGUGCCACCGUGGUGGAGCUGGCCCGCCACAUGCCCUCCCGCUUGUGGCUGCAGCACCCACCCUGCUGCUGAGCUGAGCCACACUUGAGGAACCAGGAAGCAAAGACUUGUUUCCAGAAGUUUCCUGCGGGAAUGAGUCUCCCAACACCUUUGAGCCCAGGCCCGGGCAAGGCAGAGCUGAAGGGCCCACCAGGGCCCCUCCCGUCUCUGGAGUAUCUCACAGGCGCGUGGGACACGUCCUUGUUUCCUGAGGGGACUGGUCUCAGGACUCCUGAGCAGCCUCCCUGCAGCCCACGACCCUCCUGCCCCUCUCCCGUGGCCAGAGGGGAGGCCUCUGGGCCUGGGUGCUCUGGAGGCCCCGAGCCCCUGCCCGCAGCCGUCCCACCUCCCGCAUGCUUCUAGGGAGUGACUCUUCCGUUUUCAAGGGAUUUCUGUUCCGGGGCUUGUCCUUCUUCGCAGCUGUUUUGAAUGUAGUUUUCCAUUUCUAUUUAUUUGCACAUUAAAGUUAAAAAUUAAAUAUUGAUGUAA